ACAUUAAUAGAACUCUUUCAUGUGAUCCAGGGGGAAAGGGAUCCCAACCCAGAGGAGUGAAAGGCAGCGAAGGACUUAGGAAAAUGAGCUCUCUCUUUCUGUUUAGUUUAAGGAAGACUCUCUUUUAGUUUAAAGGAAGGAACACUAGCUGAUACUCUUAAUGCAAAAGUUGACUCUGAAGUUUCCCUGUUGAAAUGGGUAAUGAAAACAGCAGUCAAGAAAGUCAGGAGGGCCCUUCAGUUCCAAAAUCAACAGAGCCACUUAGUACUGAAAAAGAAAUAAAAACUAAAAAGUCAAGGAAAAAGAGCAGAGACAAAUCACUCAACCAAGAUGACUGGGACACGUUGCCAUCAGAUUCUGCAGUUUCAUUGCCAUUACCAGAUGAUAGUUUCUCAUUAAGUGCAAAAGAUACAAGUGGAAACUGGCCUAUAGUGUCUGACUUGGAGGAAAGGGAGUCCCACCAAUCCCUAGCCCCAAAUAAUCUUCUUUUUACUGGGAUUGACAUAAAUGAAGAGUUAAGGACCCAGAAUCCUCUCCUGUCCAGCCUAAAUAAUGAAGGCCUCUGUAGUAUCACUGCUGAAGAAUCAACCAGUGAAAACACUGUUGUGGCACAACCAGAUGUGAUGGCACUGGAGAAAAACCUGCACAAGGGAGAUUCCUUGGGAGGCACUAAAGAAGAAGGACAAGAUCAAAGGCAACAGAUGCCAAUGCUUUCUAAGCAUGGUGAAGGAUGCUCUCCACUAAGUUCUGAAAGGAGCACUGAAGGCUUGCCAGCCAUGAUGUCAAACCCUGCUAUUAUAAAUGAUAAAGACACCAAAAUUGUAUCUCUUGUCAGUGGAACAGAUGCUGACUGUUAUGCUACUACUUCUGCAAGAGAAUAUGAGAAAGAUCCAAAUAAUACUGCUUUGGAGCAGAUUCCUUCAUUAGACUCUACUUGGACACCAGGAUCUGAAACCAAGGAAAGCAAUUCCAGUGAAUUAGAUUCAUUGAAACAGAGUGAACUGUUGACUGAAGGAGAGAAGACACACAUUAACCUGUGGCUUAAGAGUGAGAAAGACAGAGAUUCUUUUACCAUUAAAGAAAUCAGACAGGAGACUGAAUUGGAAGUGAGCCUAAAUAAUGAAGGCCUCUGCAGUAACACUGCUGGAGGAUCAAUCAGUGAAAACACUGUUGUGGCAUAUCCAGAUAUGACAGUGCUGGAGAAUAACCCACAUAAGAGAGAUUCCUUAGAAUGUACUGAAGAAGAAGGAAAAGCUCAAAGUCAAUAUAUGCCAGUGCUUUCUGAGCAUGGUAAAGAAUGUACUGCACUAAGCCUUGAAAAUAUCCCUAGAGGUUUGCCUGCCUUGGUGUUAUACCCUGCUAUUGUGAAUGACAAAGACACAAGAAUCGUACCUCUUGUCAGUGGAACAGAUGCUGACCAUUAUGCCACUACUUUUACAAGACAGUAUAAGGAAGAUCCAAAUAAUACUGUUUUGGAACAGAUUCCUUCAUCAGAUUCUACUUGGACAUCAGGACUUGAAACCGAGGAAAGCAAUUCCAGUGAAUUAGAUUCAUUGCAACACAGUGAACUGUUGACUGAAAGAAAGAAGGCACACAUUGCUCAUUUGCCUAAGACUGAGAAAGGCAGAGAUUCUUAUACCACUAAAGAAAUCAGACAGGAGACUAAAUUAGAAGAGAAUAACAAGGAAGAGGCUUUAAUAAAACCAGUGGGACUGAACACAGGUAAUGUAGACAACUUGGUAAUGAAAAAAGAAAACUGUAUUCCAAAUAAUCUCAUAACAGGAAAUUCAGACAUUAAUAAAUAUGGUUUUGAUCAGAGCAUUGUUGAGUUCAGAAGUGUCAUCAGCGAAGAUAGCAACAGUGAAGUGAACAGAGGGGACAGUCAAUUCCAAGUAUUUCCAGAAAAGAAUACUGAGGUGCUGGAGGAUCCUCCUACUAUAUCCAGUUUGUCCUCAAACAUGUCAAACCUGUUACCAUUAACCAUGACAGAACAACCAAUUGGUGACUUUUCAUCUGGAAAGGAAUGGCUAGAAAAGGCCAUCGGUCCAAAACCAAACCUCUAUUGUGUCGAUUUACCAGUUAGCGUGGAACCUUCUGAUGCAUCCUUGUUGCCAGAAAUAAAAAACAAAAUGCAAAAAGCAAAUGCAUCUCAGAACACACCAGAACAGAUUACAAAGGAAAUCAUACAAACCGAAUCUAUGAGCAAGGGAAAUACAGCUUUAGCUGACCCAGAAAAUGUUAUGUAUAUGGUGAAGGAAGAAUCUGUUGGGGAUAGACUGUUGUUACUUGACAGAAGAACAAGAGAUUUCAUGAGUGAGAAUGACCUUGCUGAGUAUAAUAAAGAAGAAACUAUAAUAGCUGUUUCUUCCAGAAACAAAGAGGAUGGAUGUCAAGAGGUCCCAUCCUCAAGUCAAGUUAUACAUGAAGAUAUAAACUGCCCCCAAGAGACAUCAAUAACUUUUGAUAUGAAUUCAAGACAGAUCAGUCCAGAUGCUGCCUUGGAUGAUUAUUGGAGUUCUCAAGUAAGUGGUUUAGAAACUAAUAUCAGUGGCAACAUUUUAGAAAAGAAUCUCAGUUUGGCAGGUAAUCUGAAUAUACUCAAUGAUCAUUCACCAGAAUUAAGUGAGAACUUGGAGCAAAAAACCACAACUAUAAAUGAAAAAAAUGUAGCCAGUCUUGAGUCUUCUGAACAAUUACUUUUACAAGGAAAAGACAGCUUGCAGACUUGUGAUCUUUUAAAUUCCAGUGUAGAAGAUAUUCAGCUCUGCUUUCCAGUCAAUAAAGAGGAUGAGGUUGCAGAUGGCUCACUGUCUCUGCGUUCUGAAGACAACGAUAUUAUGCAAAAUAAAAAAGAGGAAUCCUGGGAACAGCCAUUUGCUCAAAAAACCAAAUCAGAAUUGGAAGACCAGUUGAUGGAUAAAAUAAAUUCAGAGGAUAAUGCCUCAAAUGCAGAAAUAAUUGCAGUAUCUAAAACAGAACUUGAGUCCCACAACUUAAAUGGACAGGCCAGAAGUGCUGAAUGUCUUGCAACUGAGAAAACAAACAUUCUAGAGGAUGAAACCCACUCUGAAAAUAAAAGAUGUGCCUCAACAGCUGGCAGUGACCCAAACUCUGUACCUAUGACUACUGCUGAACAAAGCAGUGCUGUGGGGAAGAAUGAAGGUAAUGAAGCUAGACAGGAGGAAUGCAAAACAGGGAUGAAAAAACAAGAAACUGACACAACUUUGGCACAAGAAACCCAUAUCAAAUUGGACUCCACACAGCAAGUGCAGCUGGAACAAGCAACUGAAGAAAAUGACCCUUGUAUAAAACAUGAUUAUUCUGGCAGCCCUUCAGGAUCAGUAGUUGGAGCAGAAACCAGUCCCCAGCCAUUAAAGCUUGGAGUCUUAGGUGAUAAUAGCCUAAGGACAAACAAUUGUCCAUUCAUGAGCAAUGAUUCCAAAGAAUUUUUAGAAACUCAUCCUAAAGAGUCUGUGGAAAAUCAACAGAUGGUGGGCAUUUUAAUGACAUCUCCCCAAGUGCAGUCAGACAAAAGCUCAAUGCCCUCUGGCAUCAUCUGCAAGGCAAGUGAAGACAAACAGCAUAUUUCAGACCCCGAAGAUAAAGACCUGGAUCACGAUGGUCUUCAAGCAGUUGGGAGUUCCCAGGGACAGAACUCUAACCAGACAUGUCCUGAGAGGCUACACCCAUUGGAAUUAAAUCAUUUCACUGGCCAUGAAGAGCUUGAUAAAAGUGAACUACAACAAACUGGAGACAAACUACACAAGCUCCAAAAAGUACUUGGUGGGCCAGAAGCAAAACCAAAUAAUCUAUUAAAUGAAAAUGCAUCUUUAACACAUAUUUCUGAAUUUGUGGGAAAUCCCACACAAAACAACAACCUGCCAAAUGUAUUAAACUCACUGGAGGAAGAAAAUCAUCCUAGCAAAGAAAUCUUAAACAACUUAAAGCAAGACCUUUCUAAUUCUCUGUUUUCAGAUGGGGCUUUGGAAGGAGCAAGCCAGAGGGGUGCAUUUGCUGAAAAAUCUAUUACAGUUAAACAGUUGGGUGGCUUAGAUGAACUGUCAGACAGCAAAUACACAAGUAAUACUGACGUUACAAACUUUAUUCCAGUGACACAGAAAACUGCUAGUGUCAGUACUGAACAGGCACAAACCCUGCAGGAGAGUUUAACCUGUGUAGGUGAACAUUCUAAGGAUAAUGGGACUGAUGUUAACUUACCAAGCAAAGAACCAGAAUUGGAUGAACAAAGUUUACAUACAGAGAUAGAAGAGCACCUGAGUUUAAUAAAUGAAACUAUUCUGAAAGAUGAGCAAGUAACUUGCAAAGGGGACUUAACUUUCUUGCCUUCUGAAAACAUAGGAAUGGAUGAACAUCCUCCUGGAUUACCUAAUAGUCCAGAAGUUCCUUUGAGUGAUGCUUGGCAUAAAACAUACCCUGUUGAAAAGACUGACAUCCUAUCUGUUAGCUCUCAAGCAGAACCAAGACUUCUUUCAACAUCAGCACUUCUACAUAAUGAACCCAGCCAAGUAAGCUGCCAGCCUGCAGACUUUAUGUAUCAUAGCCCUAAUGUUGAAUUUAAAAAAAGUGAACCAGAAGCUGUGGCAUGUCAAGAUGUCUUCGAUACCUCUUCCAGUCUGCAGACUGCAGCUGCUACACCCAUUGACUCAGAUGAUGCUUUUGUAGAGAAUAGCACAACUGAUCAAAGGAAACCAGAAGUAAUGAAUUUAGAUGAUAUUCCUUCAGAAGCUGUUCCAGGAAAAGGAUCUUGCAUCCCAGGCCAAGAGUUCCUUUCAGAAGAGCAUGUUUUAACCUUGCAGGAUGUUUCUGAAAUCAGGCAAUCUGAAAGAAAUUUGUCACCAUUUAAUUUCAAGAAGCUGCAGGAUGAGAUCUCGGCAAUUAAACUAAAAGGGGAUAAAAGUGAUGUACAUUUCAAAGCCCAGCAACUUAACAGCUCAGCAGAAUCUCUACUCAGCCUUUCAAGUUUAGAAAGGAAGUUUUUGGACUUGUCGUCACUCGAUAAGCAAGCAAAUUGUAAGGAAGACACUGCUACAAAUAUAAGUUGUGAAGAUAACAAGCACAGUAACAAUGAAGAAGAAAGCAAAUGUGAUUUUAUAGAGAAAUUUAACCUUCCCAAGAUUGAAGUAGAUGUUCCCAGGCAGCCUGCAGCAAUAUCUGAAAAAGAACCAGAUAUUUCAUCUUCCAGGGCAUUCAGCAUUGGCUUUUUUGAUUUCAGAAAACAUAUUAGCAAAAUAUUUGAACAGGUAGUACCAAAUGCCUUGCCUGCCAAUUUGCCUAACCUUGCCACUGAACAGAGUCUGAAUGAGAGGGUCAGUUCAGAAGGUAAAGAAAUAGAGGUUAAGCAGGAACUGGAAAAAGCUGAUAAAAACAAUGAAGAUGGAGACGCAGAGAAUGACUGGAAAACAAAAAAAUGCAUACUGCCUUUGGAGGCUGAAAUCACUAAAGAGAAAACAGCACAGGAACAAGAACACACAGGAAUGCUGGCAAACAGUCAGGAAUACGAUUUGCCAAGUGCCUUUUCAGAAAAGAUCCCUAUCAACAAACAUUGCUUAAACCAAAACUCUCUUGCAACUUUCCCCAAGUUAGUUAAAGUGGAUGGCUUAUGCAGUCAUGAAAUAAAUGCAGAGUUUCAUGAUCACCUUUGCUCUUUAAGCAGUGAUACUGCUGAGAAUCAAGUGAGCACAGAAAAAGUAGAAUUUCAAUCUAGAAGUUCUGGAAACCAAGAAAUGGAGAAUCAGCCAUUUUCUCCUAAAAAUGAAGAAUCUUUAAUAAUUCCUGAAGUUGUUCCAGAUUUUGAUGCCACAGCCGCUGCUGCUGAAGUAAAGGAAAGUAACUUAAUUAAUCUGUGUAACUUUGAAACAGAUGAACCUGAAGAACAGUUCAUGUAUGAUGGAAAUAAAAACAUCAACAAGGGAAAUAGUGACAACAGUACUGAGCUAGCCAAGAUUUCAACACUGUCAUUUCUUAGAGAUGAUCUUGAUGCUCAUAAAGAACAAACAGAUCAGUCCAGGAUAUUGCUUGAUGAAAAUCUGAAUUUUUCCAAUGAACAUACAUUACAGAACCAAGCUGUUACAGUACUGGAUGCCAUAGAUAGCAAUAAUUGGUCCAUAGAGGAAGAGAAGGGACAGGACACAGCAGAACAUAAGCUAAUUACUUAUUUUAAAAAUGAAGUAAGUCCUGUUGAGUCCAAAUUGGGAUCCAGCAAUGUUCAAGAGAGUUGUAUAGAAAAAACAAAUGACAUCAAUUUGAGCACAGCAGAAGGACCAGGUUUUUCUAAUGAUAUUCCUAAAGCAGAUACUGCAAGCAUGUUAAUCACCAACAACUGUGAUGCAGUUUUACAAGCCAGCAUAGACAUUCAGUCACCUGAUGUAAAGCGGCAUUCAGAAACCCUUCAAGGGAUGAAACAAACUGUAUGGACAGAUGUGGAUAUGGCUUAUUUAAAUCAACCCAAAGAAGAACAUUUAGGUUUUCAAGAUAUCCAGGAAAUAAUGUCACCUUUUUCACAUUCAGAAUUGGAGCAAAGCUUUCCUAGUUUGCUUGAAGACAUGGCAAUGGAAGAAUUACCCCCUGAAAGUUCUUCUGUUCCUGAUGUUUCCAUUAAAUUGGAGCCUGAUGUGGAUUCUUUGGAAAAACCACUGAUCACAGUCCUCUGUGAUGCUGCUCUUGAUGCUACUGAGCUGACUACAGCAAGUGAUAGCCAGCGGACUGAUAGCACCAUUGCAUCUCUUCCUGACCUAGGAUCAGUGGCUCCUGAAUUUCCUACUGAGAUAAAGCAAUCCGACCAAGAGAUUGGAAAACCCAUACCUGAAACCAAGAGGAGUUCAGACUCUGAAGAAGCAUUUGAAACACCAGAAUCCACAACUCCUGUAAAAGCUGCACCUCCACCACCACAACUACUGCCUGAAAUUGUAGCAUUCGACAUAGAUGAACAAGAAAUAAGACCUCAGCUUCCAUCAGAAGACCCAGGUUACAGUCCCAGCACACCUGACAAAGGCCAAGAAAGCACUGAGCCUCAAAGUUUUUCUUCUGAAACAGUAACAGUAGCUGAUGUCCCUCAUUGUGAACCAGUUGAAGAAACUCCAUUGCCCCCUCUAUCCCACUCACUUUCUACAGUUUUUGAUGAGGACAAGCCAAUUGCUAGCAGUGGAACUUACAACCUAGACUUUGAUAGCAUUGAAGUUGUAGAUUCCUUACAAGCUGUGGGUCCAAGCUCCCUGGACAUAAAGAGUCAAGAUUCCAAGUCACAUGUUAGAAGAAAAUCCACAGAUUCUGUUCCAGUCUCUAGAUCUACAUUAUCUCGUUCCCUCAGUUUGCAAGCUGGAGAAUUUGAUGGAGCCUCUUUUCCUGGGAACAACGAGACAGCAGGUUCUGCAACAGAUACUUUUAGUACCGGUUCAAGCAGUGCUUCUAGUACUCUUAAGCGCACAAAAAAAUCUAGGCCAGCUUCCUUAAAGAAAAAACAGUUAGCAAAAAAAUCCUUGGAUGUUUCUCCAGUAAAAGAACCAGGGAUAUCAGAUUUCAAGCAAGAUUCUGCGGCCUCAAGUGACGAAAAAGUUUCUGAAGAGACUUUGGAGCCCAUUGAACCUGAAUGUACCAACCAACAGCACCAAAGUACUGUUAAUAAAGACGAGGCCAUUCCUGAACUAGAGUCAUUGAGUCUGUUUGAUCCAAAUAACUUGGAAGAUAUCCCUGUAUCAGGAGAUAGCAAAAUACAGAACUCUCCACUUGCCAACAAGAAAACUGUAUCUCUUACCACAACACCAGAAGCUGUGGAGGUGAUACCAUCAGACACUGGGGGACAAGAAGAUCCUCCAGUGAAAGGCUUAGCAGUGAGAUUGGAAUUUGAUUAUUCUGAGGAAAAAGGCAGUGGUGAGGAACAGACGGAGAGUCCUCUUCUGCCCAAAAAAGUGGGCAAAAAACCUGGGGCCAAAAUGCCCCUCAGGAGGCCAAAGACUAAAAAGACUGGAGAGAAACUUGACAAUACUCCCACAAGCCCAACCAAGAUUCCUUCAGAACCCAAUGAGAUUCCUGUCUCCAAGGGCUCUUAUACUUUUGAUAUUGACAAAUGGGAUGACCCCAACUUCAAUCCUUUCUCUCCCACUUGCAAAAUGCAAGAGUCUCCAAAACUUCCUCAGCAAACCACCACAACGUACAGUUUUGAUCCAGACAUCUCUGAGGAUUCUCUUGAUCCGUUCAAAUCUUCCACAAAAGUUUCCAGCUCUCCCACACAAUCUCCAGCAUCCUUUGAGAUCUCCGCUAACGUCAAUGAAAUUAAUGGAUCAGAAGGAGAUGGCCUAAAUAAACCUGCAAAAAAGAAGAAGACGCCACUCAAGACUGACACAUUUAGAGUGAAAAAGUCACCAAAAAGAUCUCCACUGUCUGAUGCACCUCCGCAGGAAUCUAUGGCACUGCCUUCUACUGAAACACCUUCUGUUGUAUCCACUGUGGUUCAUGCAACAGAUGAAGAAAAACUGGCAUCAUCUGUGGGUAAUCAGAAAUGGACUUGUAUGACAGUGGAUCUUGAUUCUGAUAAGCAGGAUUAUCCUCAGCCAUCAGAUCUGUCAACAUUUGUAAAUGAAACGAAGUUCAGCUCUCCUACAGAAGAGCUGGAAUAUGGCAACACAUAUGAAAUAGAAUACAUGGAAAAAAUAGGUUCUUCCAUAGCCGAUGAUGAUGGCCAGACAAAGCAAUCUUUGUACCUUAUGUUCAACGCUCAGCAAGAGAGUCCAAUCAAGUCUCCACCAGCCCGUUUAUCAGAUUCUACAACUCCUUGUUCUGGGUCAAGUCUGGAAGAAACAGAAAGUCAGCUUACCUGUGGUAUAAAACUACAGCACCCAGCCUCACGAUGCCUAGUAGCUAACCAAGAAUCAUCAGUACAGUCUGAUAAAACAAAAGAACUGGAAUCUGUGUCCAUAGGAAGUGCUUCAGACAACAUAAUCAGUCCUGAAGAUUCCUAUGUUUCUGCUGAUGCUCUCCUUAGUAGGAUAUCUCAUCCACCUUUAGUAUGUGAUCAGCUUCAGUAUCUGGAGCCUGACUUAGCAGAAAAGAAUCCCCCAGUAUUUGCUCAGAAACUUCAGGAGGAAUUAGAAUUUGCUGCAAUGAGGAUAGAAGCCCUGAAGCUAGCCAGACAAAUUACCUUGUCUUCUUUCAACUCCUUAAAUACUGAGAGAGACCCUGCAGCUGAUGCUUCGAUCUCUAAAAGUGCAUUGUACUCACGGAUAAGCAGCUCAGAGGGAGAAAAUGCCUCCACUUUGCUUUAUAAGCAGCAAGAUCUGGAUACCGCCUUAAGAGUUACCAGGGAAGAGAUAGUUGCGAAGGAAAGGAUGAUUUCAGAAUGGAAAGAGAAAUAUGAAGACAGUAGGAGGGAAGUAAUGGAAAUGAGGAAAAUUGUUUCAGAGUAUGAGAAGACAAUUGCUCAAAUGAUAGAGGAUGAGCAGAGAGAAAAAUCCAUGUCCCAUCACACUGUCCAGCAACUUAUUAUGGAAAAAGAGCAAGCAUUAGCUGACCUGAACUCUGUGGAAAAAUCUCUAGCAGAUCUUUUCAGAAGAUAUGAAAAAAUGAAAGAAGUUCUUGAAGGAUUUAGGAAGAAUGAAGAAGUAUUAAAGAAAUGCGCACAAGAAUAUUUAUCACGAGUUAAAAAAGAAGAGCAGAGAUAUCAAGCCCUCAAGGUUCAUGCAGAGGAAAAACUGGACAGAGCCAAUGCUGAAAUCGCACAAGUUCGGGGAAAGGCUCAGCAAGAACAAGCAGCUUACCAAGCCAGCCUUCGUAAAGAGCAGUUAAAAGUGGAUGCAUUGGAAAGAACACUGGAACAAAAGAAUAAAGAAAUAGAAGAGUUGACGAAGAUUUGUGAUGAACUGAUUGCCAAAAUGGGGAAAAGCUAACUUUUAACCAAAACCUAAAUUACAGUCUUGAGUGCAAUAUGACCAUUGGCACAGUGAUAUCCAGGCAGUGAUGUGAAUGGAUUCUAUUUUCACUUUUUGUAUGCACUACUGUAUUUUUUCUUAAUAAUGUUGAUUUGAUUGUAUGCAGUACUAAGACUAUCAGAAAUCCUUGCUAUUGUCUGCAAUUCUUUCCUUUGUAUAAUUCAUAGCAAGUUGAUCUCAAAAGUUCCUGUAUCAGGGAGAUUUGUCGAGUUCUUUAAUAAAUUACAGUUGCUCAUCCUAGCCUUCCCUUUGUACAUGAGUUCCCAUGUUGGAUGUCUUUUUUGGAUUUAAUAUAAAUGUGUAUUACAUGCAUGGGGACUCUUGCCUUAAGGAGUGUAAAUUUGAUCUGCAUUUUCUGAUUUGUAAAAUAAAAUGGAAACUUGAAAAAUUAA